GAGAGACAAAAAAAUAAAUCAAAAAUCAAAAUUUAGAGAGAGCCAGAAAACUAAUAUCAAUUUUCUUAUUUCAACCAUCUCCUCCUUUUCUCGUUCUUUCAUAUAUUGUAGGUUCUGUUCUAUCAAGCUAAGAAGGUGUUUUCUAAAAUCAUAUCCAUGGCAGCCAUAAAUAUGUUCAAUAGCAGCACAGAUCUUUCAGAUCCUUUCAAAGAAGAGCUCAUGAAAGUAGUUAAACCUUUUACCAACUCUGUUUAUUCUCUUCCUCCUUUUCCAAACACAAUCUUCAGUUUCAAUCAAACCACAGCUCUGGGUCUAAACCAGCUCACGCCUUACCAAAUCCACCAGAUCCAACACCAGCUUAACCAGAAACGCAACACAAACCUCUCUCCAAAGCCAGUCCCAAUGAAGAACAUGUCCCCUCAGAAACUCUACAGAGGAGUUAGACAAAGGCACUGGGGAAAAUGGGUUGCUGAGAUCCGUUUACCCAAGAACCGGACCCGACUCUGGCUUGGAACUUUCGACACAGCUGAAGAAGCAGCCAUGGCUUAUGAUCAAGCUGCUUACCAGCUUCGUGGCGAAUUAGCGAGGCUUAAUUUCCCACACAUGAGACAUGAAUACGGAGGUGGUGAUGGCAGCAGCUUCAAGCCUCUUCAUCCUUCUGUUGAAGCAAAGCUCGAAGCGAUUUGUCAGAGCUUGAGCAAGAAGACAGAGGAUGAUGAUGAUCUCCCCUUUUCUGAAACAGAGCUUUUCCCGCCAAAAGCAGAAGAGUAUCAAGAAAGUGAAUAUGGGUUCUUGAGAACUGAUGAGAAUUCGUUUUCCGAUGAGUCUCAGGUGGGAUCUUCGUCUCCGGAGUCUGGUAUUACCACUACGUUCUUGGAUUUCUCGGAUUCUGGGUUUGAUGAGAUUGGGAGUUUCGUGCUGGAGAAGUUUCCUUCUGUGGAGAUUGAUUGGGAUGCGAUUAGCAAGUUGUCUGAAUCUUAAGGGUUUUGUUUUUAACAUCAGUGUAUGCUAUUACGUGUAAUAUUAGUUAGCUAAUCUCUACAACUGAAUUUUUUAGCAGUUGUGGGAGAACCUUCUAGGCUUUGUGUUCUAUUGGAAUCUUCCUCCAUGUGUUCGGUCUGGCUGGUUUAUGCUCUUUUUUUCUUCUUGUCUUUGACCAACCGGGGAAGCUCCCAUGUAUUAUAUCAUCUUUAAGUUUUUAAUGAACCUAAAUUAUACUC